CAGAACAUGAACUCGAAUUAAAUAUAUACUUAUUGUUAAUUUUAAAAGACCUUAUUACAGAAAAAAAUGAACAAAUAAAUUCUAUUGAUCUAGCUAUAACAAAUCAAAAAGACAUUGGGACAGAAUUAGUUAACAAAAUUAAUGAUACACCUCAAUCAAAUUCCCUCAUAAUAAGGUCUCAUACAUAUGCUCAGGAAAAAAAGAGUUCAUUUUUCGAGCAUGUUAGCAUUACACAAUGA